CCGCCCCAAGCCCUCAUUUUGCACAAUUUGAAACACGGAAGUUCAAAGUUGAGCUCUUGCAGAAGCUUUCAGAUGACACAGAUGAGUUUGGGAAUGACCUUGAUGCUGUUGUUGACGUCUGUGCUCAGAUAUUUCAUGAGUUUUUGUGCAAAGAGUAUGGAGGUCCUGGGACAUUGUUGGUGGAGCCAUUCACUGAUAUGUUGGUAGCUCUAAAGAAGAAGAAGUUGCCAGGAGCAGCUCUGGCUGCAAGGGCAUCACUUUUAUGGGCACAAAGUUUUGUUGAUGAGGAUUGGGAAGUUUGGAACUCAAAGCUGAAGUGACUUCCACUUCAUAGUUGUCAUUUCCAAUGUAAGAAUUUUUCCUUUUUCUAGCAACAUAUGGAUCCUUUAAUUAUAACAAAAACUUCACUAUUGGUAAAUUUUGACAUUCACUACUUUUUUUUUCCUUUGCUUUUAGUGCUUUACAAAUAUGUUAUCAUUGGAACAUGGUUGUUAUUCACUUUUUGAGUAUGAGAUUGGUGAUGGAAGAGAACUAUCUAGUUUUAACCUCUGUUGAAUCCUCGGCCAUGUUAUCAGGGUCAGGAAUUCAAUGAGGGGGACCUUCUGUGAUGAAAGAAAAACUUCAUGUGAUGUUCUGAAGCGCUGUACAUGUUAGCCACAAGCCCACAACCUAGCAAGGUUCAAAUUCCGGCCUCUGAGAUGCUCUGCAAGGAGGGGCGCCACGGUUUCAUCUUCGAUGCCGGAGGAUUUACCGGAGCUGCUCUCAGCUUUUGUCUCUCUGCUCUGGCUGUCUGUAAUUCAUUAUGCAGUUUCAGCAUCAGCACUCAUGGAUGAUAGAGAUUCAAACUUAUAAAACAAAGACAAAUAUUUGUGUUUGAAUUAUAGUUUCUUCUAAAACACGGAUAUUCUAAGA